AUGUCGGUCUCUAACAGCCAGAACACCUCCUCCUCGUGUAAAGUUGGAUCUCUUCUUGCUAAAAUCGCAGCGAUUGGUCACGGUGCAAGUGGAAGCCCAAGGGAAACGCUGCACUGCAACAGCCUGCUCUCGUUUCCCGAGGUACGCGCAGUUAAUUUGGGGGCACAGAUGAUGGGAACGGACAUUUUUAGCAACGAAGCCGCGGGCGCGGGGAGUUGCGGAGCAGCGCUGCAGGGAGCUCCCGGCAACCGAGCGGCGCUUCCCUCAGCCCCAACCCCGCGGAUGCGCGCCCCCCACCCGCGCUGUCCCCGCCCGGCCCGGCCCCGCGAGGCGGCCCCCAGCCGGCGGCGGGGGAGGAGCGGAUGAGCGGAGCUGAGCGCGGCGCAGCCACACGACGCGGCCUCGCCGCCGGCUCCUGGCGGGGCAGUCCCGGCCCUCUCCCGCCGCCCCGCGGCAUGCCCGCCCUGCCCGGCCAGCGGGAAGAUGGGUGGGCGCCUCCUGGGCUGCGUCGUGCUGCUGUGGCUCGCAGCUGAGGUGGAAGGACUGCGAGUCACUGUGCCUGAGAAGAAGAAGGUGGCCAUGUUGUUUCAGCCUGCUCUGCUUCGCUGCCAUUUCUCUACUUCUUCCACCCAACCAGCUGUGGUGCAGUGGAGGUAUAAAUCUUACUGUCAGGACCGGAUGGGAGAAGCGCUGGGUAUGGUAACUUCUGGUUUACAAACAAUGAGCAAGAGGAACCUGGACUGGGAUCCCUACCUGGACUGUGUGGACAGCAGAAGGACGGUCCGUGUCGUGGCCUCCAAGCAAGGAUCUGCCGUCACUAUAGGGGACUUCUAUAAGGAGAGAGACGUCAGCAUUGUCCAUGAUGCAGACCUUCAGAUUGGGAAGCUGAUGUGGGGAGACAGUGGGCUGUAUUACUGCCUUAUUAUCACACCAGAUGAUGUGGAGGGCAAGAAUGAAGAAUCAGUGGAGCUGCUUGUACUUGGCAGGACAGGGCUGCUUGCUGAUCUCUUGCCCAGUUUUGCUGUGGAGAUUAUGCCAGAGUGGGUCUUUGUGGGCCUGGUGAUCCUGGGAGCGUUCCUGUUCUUCCUCCUGGUGGGGAUCUGCUGGUGUCAGUGCUGCCCGCAUAGCUGCUGCUGUUACGUCCGCUGUCCUUGCUGCCCCGAGUCCUGCUGCUGUCCCCGGGCGUUGUAUGUUGCAGGCAAGGCAGCAAAAGCAGGGUACCCUCCUGCGGUCUCCUCCAUCCCAGGUCCAUACUACAUCCCCAGUGUUCCUGUAGCUGGUGUCCCGUCUCCUGCUGUGCUAAUGGAUAAGUCACACCCACCUCCCUUGGCUCCAAGUGACACUGGUGGAGGAAACCAAAAUGUGCGCAAAGGGUACAGGAUCCAGACUGACAAGGAAAGGGACUCCAUGAAAGUGCUCUACUAUGUCGAGAAAGAACUGGCUCAGUUUGACCCAGCGAGGAGAAUGCGAGAGCAAUAUAACAACACUGUCUCUGAGCUCAGCUCUUUGCAUGAGGAUGAUUUGAACUUCAGGCAGCCCUACCGCCAGGCACGGAGGAAACCUCUGCCUCCUGCAGAAGACCUGGAUGGUGAUGCUGAGUACUGGGCAGGAGUCAUUGGUGGGGGCAGCACAUCGAGAUCACAGGCGAUCUCUGAUUACAGAGAUGAGAGGGACAGUUUCCGGCACAGCCAGCAGAGAUCCAAGUCCGAGAUGUUGUCCCGCAAGAGUUUCUCUGUGGGAGUUCCAGCCGUCUCUAUGGACGAGCUGGCAGCCUUUGCAGAGUCCUACAGCCAGCGGGCCCGGCGGGCAGACAGCCAGGAGACUCGGCGUUUCGAGCGGUCAGAGUCACGCAGUGGCCGUGCUGGAGGGCUGACCCAUCAGGAUAGCUCCAUGGAGGAGUACUACACUAAGCGCAGCAGGGGGAACCGAGAGCCACUGACGGACUCGGAACGGGGCUGGUCGUACAGCCCGCCCCGGAGACGGGCCCAUGAGGAGAAGCACCUGCCCAGGCUGGUGAGCCGGACACCCGGAGGGAGCCAGAAGUACGAUCACUCCUACCUCAGCAGUGUCUUGGAGAGAAAGUCCCGCAGCUAUGACGAAAACGGUGACCAUUGUGAAACCCCCUCAAAGCUGAGCUCACAGCCCAGCCAGAGAGGAGGAACGUAUUAUGCUUGGUCACCGCCUUCUACCUACAAAUCUGAUACGUCUCAGCAGCAGACACCACCACCUGAGCAGGAGGAAGAGGAGGACACCCUGCCUCCCUACAGCGAGAGGGAGCUGAGCCGAGGCCCUUCUUACCGGGCCAGGGAGCAGGCCUACCUCAACGCCUCUGACAAGAAGAGGAAGAAGGAUCCCAAGAAAACAAAUGAUUUCCCAACGAGAAUGUCCCUCGUGGUUUGAAGUCACUGUGGACAUGUCAUGCCAGUGGGAUGGAUGCCAUAAUGUUGCUGCAGUGGAAAAGAUGCAGAGCAACAAGCAAACUGGGCCCCAGUGAACCUUUUCAGCCACCAGCCAGGGACUCCUUGUUCAAAAAUUGUUUCAUCAGGGCGGUAGACUCCCAUAAAGAGCACCCAAUCUCAGAGGCUUUGGAAGUCUGCCAGGAGAAUGAGCCAGGGCUCUCUUUGGCACCCUCCAUUCUGCACGGGAAGGCAGCCAUGUCCUUACGACCCCUGCAGCCCUGAACUAGGAGCAAGGCUGCCUUUGUGCCUCUUUUCCUAUCUCACGUGCAGAAAGAGGCCUGUGUGCAUACCUCAGGCUCCCUCUGUCUCCUCUGUUCACUGGAUCAAAAUUGUCUCCAUGCUUAGAGUCUAUUCUGUAUCAUCCCCACGCUGGGAGGAGACCUCAUUCUUACAGCUGCAGACUGCCUCCAAGGCUCUAAAUUGUGAAAGAAAAUCUACAUCCUUUCAGACACCACAGAGCAGGACUGAUGAGGUGCUUCUUGCAAGGGCUGAACAGAGAGAGAGAGAAACGAGUGUGGUCUGGUUUGUUCAAUAUAUUUAGUUAUGUUCAUUGUGUGCUGAGAGUUGCAAGUGAGAUUGAUGUAUUGUUUUGAAAGUGGAUCAAAGUAGCUUUUCUUGUGAUGAGAGCAUGAUGUAUUUUUUCCCCUUAUCCCCAACUGUGAUCUGUUUUGAUAAAGUUGCAUUUUCUUGCAGCUCAGCUAUGACCCUUUAGAGCUUCAAGCUAGAAUAUCUACUCCACGUAUGGUAAGAGUGCUCCAACUUUGCUGGUGUUCUGCUCCCAGCACCUCCAGACUUAGUGGCCUUUUUAUUUUAAAGAAGCGAAAGGGAAAAAGAUGCAGUGAGAAGGUUAAAGAUCUUUGUUCUGUGAUACUGGGAUUGCUCCUUUCUGGUCAUUGUUCCCAGGCACUGAACAAGCAGUGACAGCAAUUGGAAAAGAAUUGACACUGGGUGAACACGAACCUCGAAAGACCUUUUUCAAUUACAGUCAUUUCUUUCACUACAGUUGUGACAUGAUUUUAGUGGCUGUUGUCUCAGGAACAGCUGAAUUUAGAAGUGACUGCACCACGCCAUCUGGAAGCCGACAUUCUGGUUUUUGUGGGGUAAAAUGCAGUCAUUCCUCUAUUUUUUAGCUGCUAAAAUUACAUGAGGAAAGAUAGUGGGAAUUAUUCAGGGUCUGGUAUCUUGAUCACCAUCAGGCCUGGAAACAAGUUAGUACUCUGUUUUGUUGUGGAUGUUGUCAGCCUCUGAAAUGUCAUCUCAUAACUCUGGGCAUCUGUUCAUUACCUGGAUUCAAAUUCAUGAGGUGCUCACUCAAGCAAUAUGUUUUUGAACACUGGAUUGAUUGAUUAACAUCAAUGCAGUUCUCCGUAAAAAUUGCAGAUUCAUUUCUGUUUUACUCCUUUGCAGUAUUAGCUCACCAGGAGUGGUCAUGGGAAAGGAAGAGUAAUCUCCCCAGACUUGAUGCUGUUGUAGUUUUUUUGUGCUAGAAGAUGAAUGACACAAGGAUGGCUUUCUUUUCCACGCUUUUCUUCCUGGCCAAAGAAAGGUUAGCCUGUAGGAACAUAUUAUACCUGGAUCUGUCUCACAGUACGGCUUGAGAAACUCAAUUUUAAGUACAUUUUGAUCUUUUCUUAUCAUUAAUGUAUGUUCCUAGGAAAAUCACAGCGCAGUUAACAAAAGGCUGGCAGGUGGUUUCCAUCUGAGGUCUCCAAGGCCUUGAGGGGCCUACAGUGUUACUCGACAUGCCGUUUAAAAUUAAACAUUUCACCCUGACAUAUGAUAACACUGUCAAGCAAAAAGUGUUAAUAUUUUGUUGGUCUGAAAGUCUUGGGAGGUCCUGUGCCAUGGAUUUUAGGGAAGUUUAACCUGCUGUCCUUUCCGUCAAACAUCCAGCAGACUCAGGAAGCACAUCACCACAUGGAGAUUUGUUUGCAUCCGCAACAGUGAUUGUGUCAGAAACAGGCCCGUUAGCAACAUGGCUGUAUCAGCAUAAGUGGAUCGUCUGAAAAGUGAGGGGUGAUGUAGAGUUGGGCUUCCAUCUCCAUAGUUGCACAACCCUAAUGACCUGUGACUCCUGGAAGAGCAACACAGAGGAGCAGGAAGACAGCAGCAGGUAGGGGUCAUUUGUUUCAGAAAAGAGUAAUGGUAGCUUUGUGCCUAUACCAACUUUAAGAGCACCUGUAGGAUGCUGGCACUGGAAAAUAAUGAGCCUGAUUAUUGCACUUCGUCUGACAGUGACGAGGUCUCAAAUUAUAAAUUUUCCAGUGAUCAAUUUUUAUUGCUGGCAUAAAGUUUAAAUCUUUUUCAUACAGGAUAUGGAUGUCUGAGUCAUGUUGAUGAUGCAGAUGGUUUUGUUGCCUUCAAAUGAAGCAUCACAACAGUGACUAGCUAAGAAAACAACCAAGAUGAUAAGUGAAUCCCAUAAAAAAUUAUAAGCCCUUAGAGCAACAGCAGGAUCAAAUAUUAGUGCUAAAUCUGACUGUGCUGUCUGUAGUGUUAUCUGGGCUUCAGAAAAAAGUCUUGACAUAAUGGGAAAUACCAAUAGUAACGACUUCUCAGUAAUCCCAUUAUGCCUUUAAAGUAUACUGUAAAAUUUCCAUGGGGUGGGUUUAGUGCAAAUAUUCUCAGGCCAUUUACGCUGAAAUGGAAAGUUAACAAAGCCAGCACCUUGAAUACUUAAAAACUUGGAGAAACUCCCACCUGAGACAGAUAGACAGAAUUAUUCUCUGUGUUGGCAUAGAACUAUAGAAUCCUGAAUGGUUGUGGGUGGAAGGAACCUUAAAGACCAUCCAGCUCCACCUCCCUUGCCAUGGGCAGGAACACCUUCCACCAGUUCAGGCUGUCCAGGGCCCAUCCAACCCAGCCUUGAGUGCCUCCAGGGAUGGGAUAUCCACAGCUUCUCUGGGCAGCCUGUGUCAAUGCCUCACCGCUCUCUGAGUGAAGAAUUUCCUCCUAAACCUCCUAAAUUUAACCUAAAUCUCCUGUUUUAGUUUAAAACCAUUCCCUCUUGUUGCUAUCAUACCAUGUAAAAAAAUCAGUCUCCAUCUUUUUAAUAAGCCCCCUUUAAGUUCUGAGAGACCGCAAUGAGGUCCCCCUGGAGCUUUCUUCAGUCUGAACCAGCUCUCUCUCAGCCUUUCAUCACAGGAGAUGUGCUCCAGCCCUCUGACCUUUUGGCCUCCUCUGUACCUGCUCCAACAGCUCUGCAUCCUUCUUGUUCUGAGGGCCCUAGGCUUGGACGCAGUAUUCCAUAUGGAGUUUCACGGGCAGAGCAGAGGAAGACAAUCCUCUCCCUGACCCUAUUGGCCACUCCUCUUUUGGUACAGCCUGGGGUACAGCUGGCCUUGGCCGUGGGUGCACCCAAUGCACACUGCUGGCUUGUGUAUAGCUUUUUGUCCACCAGAACCCCCAAGUCCUUGGCAAGGCUCCUCUCCCAGUUGGUACAUAUCUGGGAUUGUCCCAGCCCAGGUGUAACACCUUGCACUUGGCUGUGCUAAACCUCAUGUGGGCCCACUUCUCAAGCCUGUCAUCUGGAUGACAUCCCUUUCUCAUACUGUGUGAACUGCACCACUCAGCUUCAUGUCAUCUGUAAACUUGCUGAGGGUGCAAUCAAUCCCAUCGUCUGUGUCACUGUUAAAAAUGCUGAAAAGCAUUGCUCCAAGGGUAGGCUCCCAUGACUGGUCUCCACCUGGAAAUAAAGCUGAUCACUGUGGCUGCAACCAUCCAACCAAUUCCUUAUCCGCCGAACAGUCCAGCAUUUAAAUCUAAUUCAGAGAUAAGGAUGUGGUGUGAGGCUAUGUCAAAGUCCAGGUAAAUAACAUCAAUUUCCCUUCAUUGUCCACCAAGCCAUUGCUCCCUCACAGAAGACCACCAGAUUAGUCAGGCGCCAUCUGCCCUUGGUGAAGCUAUGCUGGCUGUCUCAGCUCACCUCCACAUUUAUCACGUGCCUUAAAAUAUCUUCCAGGAUGAUCUGUUUUGUGAUCUUCCCAGGCACAGAAGUGAGGAUCAUGGAUCUGUAGUUUCCUGGGUCUUCUUUUUUUCCUUUCUUAAAAGUAGGAGUGAUGUUUCCCUUUUUCUCACGUUUGUCCAGGCCCCUUCAGAUAACAUCCCUUCUAUAUCUCAUAACUGUACCACUCAGCUUGGUGUUGUCUGCAAAGUUGCUGAAUGCAGACUUGAUCCCACUGUCUGUCAUUGAUAAAGGUGCUGAAGAGCAACAGUCCCAAAACAAACUCCUUUGGGACACCACUCAUCACCAGCCUCCAGCUGGACAUUUAGCUAUUGACCACAAUUCUCUGGCUGUGGCCAUCAAGCCAAUCUUUAUCCACUUAAAAUAGGGAAAGAAAUGGAAACUGAAGUAAGCAUAGUAGCCCUUUUUAUUAAGUCAGAGAUGGCCACCAGCAACGUGCCCCAGGCUGCUUUACCUGUGCAGCCAGCACUACCAGUCAUGUGCUGAGCUUCCUUGGAAAGUUCCAGCUGCCACUGUUGCGUGGAUCCCUCAGCAGCACACUGAGUCAUGAUUUUAACUCUGGAUUGUGACUCUGAAGGUCCCUGCUGACCAUGGAUCAGCAGUUAAACUGCUUUCUUGUCCUUUUUGUUCCAACAAGCCAACUCUGGGUCGGUAAUACUAGUUCACUAGUUCACCUGCAACAGAAGUAGACAAAUAGUUUGGCAACCGAUUAAAGACUGUUACGUACAGCCUCCCUUUGUAGAGUGCCCUGAAACUGGAUAUAAAAAUUUGUGGGAAGGAGUAGCAAAGAAAAUGUCAGGAUCAGGCACCUUAAGACAGAAUUGAUCUUAUAAAGGGAAAAUUCAUUCUC